UAAUUUAAUAUAUAAAUUUUAUAGUCUUUGGCCUUAAUUUCUAAGUCAUCGGUCAAUGUUGAGGUGUCUAUAUAAACUCUUUAAGAACAACUUCGCUUAGACACCUAAACGUGAAAUGGAGUUUGGAAUUUUUGGGUGGUGGCUAAUGUUGGCGGACUUGUUUCAAUUAUCUUCUGUUCAUGGUUGUUUGAGGGAGGAGAGAGAAGCUCUCUUGCGACUCAAAGCUUCCAUGAACUCCUCGGAUGAUGAUUUCGUCACAUCUUGGAACUCAUCUCAGGAAGGGAGAAAUUGCUGCGAUUGGGAACAUCAUAUGUGCGACGAGACUACAGGGCGUGUAAUCAAGCUUCAUCUUAGCUAUGUGAGGGCCUUGGAUCAGGAAGUUUGGUAUUUGAAUGCCUCUCUGUUUAUUCCCUUUCAAGAGCUUAAGUACCUCGAUUUGGCAAACAUGACACAACUUCGAAUAUUUGAUAUCUCUUCAAAUCGCUUUAAUGGAAACAUUGAUCUCUCCCCUCUACCUAGUUUGAAGUUACUUGAGUACCUUGAUUUAUCACAUAACUACUUCAACCCAAUCACAUUCUCCUCAUUUUUUAAUCUCUCAAAGCUUGAGAUCAUAUUUAGUGAUGGCAACAACUUGGUUGAUGAAACUCUAUCUCAAAGAUGGAUACCAAGCUUCCAAUUAAAGGGUUUCAGUUGUUCAAGCUGCUUUUCUAGAAGAAUAAUUACUAGAUUCCUUCAUUGCGAGUUUGACUUGCAAGAACUACAUCUCCCUCACAACAAUUUGACAGGAAAGUUCCCCACAUGGUUGCUAGAAAACAAUUCAAGGUUGGCGGUUCUUAAUUUUCGAAAUAACUCGUUAACAGGAACUUUGCAGCUGCCCAGUCAUUAUCCCAACCUUUUUCAUUUAGAUAUUUCAUUUAAUAAUAUACAAGGUCAAAUUCCAACUAACUUUGAUUGUUUUCCCAAAUCUAGAGUUUUUAAAUAUUUCUAA